UGCCUUGUGAUGUUGCUGAUGACAGGGACAAAACAACACUGGGGGAACAGCUCAUAUUAACGGCAAGCGUCGACCAUAAAAUAUAUUUUACCAGUGCCGGUUCCCUCAUGAUAAAAAAGGCCAACAACGGGAUGUAGCCGAUGAAAUGGAGUAUGAUGAGAGACUUGCACUUUUCCGCCAAACCCGCCUCAAUCCCUUUGAUCGAGGAGAGGAGGAAGAUGGUCCCCAAGGAGGAAAGACACCCCCACAGCACGAAUCAAGACCUGAGCUCUUCUCAGGGAGCAGAACCCACAGUUCAGAUCGGACCAUGGACCUCGGUCUAGCUGAGGACCACUUCUCGAGGCCUGUGGGUUCCUUUGUGGCAUCUGACAUUGAACAGCUGAAAAUGGCCAUAGAGGAGUGUAAGAAGCUGAUCUUGGAGCUGCCAGAACAUUCGGAGAGACAGAAGGACACUGUGGUGAAACUCAUACACCUUCGUCUCAAACUGCAGGAGCUCAAGGACCCUGAGGAGGAUGAGCCUAAUCUGAGAAUCCUGCUGGAGCACCGCUUCUCUAAGGAAAAGAGCAAAAGCGUGAAACAGACCUGUGACAAGUGUAGCACUAUCAUCUGGGGCCUUAUCCAGACUUGGUAUACCUGCACAGGUUGCUAUUACCGUUGUCAUAGUAAGUGUAUGAACCUGAUCACUAAGCCCUGUGUGAGGUCAAAGGUCAGCCACCAGUCGGAAUACGAGCUCAGCAUCUGCCCAGAAAUAGGACUAGACCGGCAAGACUACCGUUGUGCAGAAUGUCGCACACCUAUUUCACUGAGGGGUGUGCCAAGCGAGGCCAGACAGUGUGACUAUACAGGCCAGUAUUACUGCAGCACAUGCCACUGGAAUGACACUGCCAUCAUCCCAGCUCGUGUCAUCCACAACUGGGAGUUUGAACCACGCAAGGUUUGUCGCUCCUCGUUGCGUUACCUGGCUCUGAUGAUGUCACGUCCUGUGCUGAAGCUGAAAGAAAUCAACCCGCUGCUAUUUAACUUUGUAGAGGAACUAGUGGAGAUCAGGAAACUUCGUCAAGAUAUUCUGUUGAUGAAACCCUAUUUUAUUACCUGUAAAGAAGCAAUGGAGGCUCGGCUACUACUACAGCUACAAGAUCGGCAGCACUUUGUGGAGAAUGAUGACAUGUACUCACUACAGGAUUUGAUUGACAUCUCCAGUGGCAGACUCAGCUGCUCCCUUACAGAGAUCCACACUACAUUUGCUAAACACAUCAAACUAGACUGUGAGCGUUGUCAGGCCAAAGGAUUUGUGUGUGAGCUGUGUAAGGAGGGCGACAUCCUGUUCCCUUUUGACAGUCACACCUCAGUCUGCCACGACUGCUCUGCUGUCUUCCACAGAGAUUGUUAUUAUGACAACUCCACCACUUGUCCACGAUGUGCCCGAAUGACUGAACGCAAGCAGGAUGAGGUAUCAGAUGUGAAAGAUGCGUAAACUCUGGAGGGGACCGCCUGAUGUUACUGGAUGUUGCACUUUUCCUCAUGUUGUAUUCUACUCGAUCAUCAAAGUCUGAUAGAAGACUAGCUUUUUGUCCUUGUCUUUGGUUUGUUUUGUGCAUAUGUUUAUACUGUAGUGUCUUUAUCUUCCUGUGCACUACCUUAUGAAGCAGGGUACUUAGAAACCCAUCUGGAAAUUAAUAUAUAUAUAUUUUUUUUAUCAAACUUUUUAAUUCACACUAAAAUCGGAUGUACUGAACACUGUCUGGUGUGCUUGUGUGAGGUCUUCACGUUAGAGUGUGUGCCUGCUUGUAUAAAUGUACAAAAUAAAUGCCCUACAGAGAAAACCUAUCCUGUAAGUAGGCGAUUAUGCAUGCAGGAGUUGUUAUAUUAUUCGUUACAAGCCUCGACUGCGUUAAGCUAUACUGCCGACUCUGCUGAAUACUAAACAUUAAGGUUGCCAUAUACGACUGGUUUUGAAUUUUAAGGAUUGUACUCCAGCUCUCAAAGAUGAAAUUGCAAAUUUAUAUUAACCAGAAAUUUGCCUUUAUUUAAAAACAAACCCUAUUAACAUGUUUGAAAGUUAAGUGAAUAACCUUGUACUGAGUGGUCAUUUUCCAAGUUUAUUAGGUCAAAUAAGUUAGUAUUACACAGCUACAAAUGCACAGUGUUUAAUUAGGUCACAAUAAGAAAUGGGUUAAAUCUGGUAGACUGUGUUAUUGUAACAUCACAACUUUUUUUCCCUUUGUCACACAUUCCAUCAUCAGUUCCUUCAGCUGUGUUUCAUGCCUGUUUUCCUUUCACAGUCUGUUGAUCUGUUUAACAUUUCAUAUGGUCUUAAAAAUAUUUCCAGGCCUUAAAGCAAUAUUUCUUUUUUAGCAUCCUCUUUGCACCUUACCACACAGUGUAUGCCUGUUCUGAGUUUGUUCAUUUUUCAAUUAGCCACCCUGGAUACUGAAAAAAAAAUCCAUGGCUUGUAGUUGUUUGGAAAGAAUGUUAAUUUAUAAACAAUAAUUAAAAUUAUAAUUUGAGAUAUAAAUACCUAUAUUGGCAACAGAUGUAUAAUCAAAGCAUGCAUUACCAGUACAUUUCCCUGUAAGGAGCUUCAUUUAACUGAUAAAGAAAAAGAAAUAUGGGAGUUAAAUAUGCUAUCCUAUUAUUCAAAACUGUGAACCCAUUUCAGUCAGUUUGGUCUGUGUUUAAUCUGGUUCAGUUUAGUGCACUGUGUAGUACAUAGAUGUGAGUACUCAUGAACAUUUUGUGCCUAAGAUUGUCAGGUAACAUACAGCUGUUAUCCAAACAUCUUAAUACACUUACCCAUCAUGUUAAUGGUUUUCAGUCUUAAAAGUACCGAUAGCACAUUUUGUCCAGAGAUGACAAAGAUGUUUAGUGACACCUUUGGUAAUGUUUAAAUGUUGACCUAAAGUAUUUGUUUUAAAAUAAUGAGUUUUGGCUGUGUUAUCUUUCAGCAUGAUGUACUGUUUUUUUUUUCAGACUAAUGGACAUACAUGGUGUUGAUAAAAGCCAUGCCCUGUUGUAAAGUCAUGUGAAUUAGAGCAUGAAUAAAGUAAUGAAGUACAUAAA